GGGCAACCGGGGCCACCGCCUGCGAGAGAGGGCUCCGGGGGCCCGGGCCGGGGAAAGGGCGUGGUAAGCCUGGAGCAGACCCCCGGAACAGCGGGAAGGACGCCGCUGGACUGCGAGCAGCCGGCCGGAGAGCCCGCAGUGCCAGGCUGCGUCUGGGCUUUGAUGCCUAAGGAUGACAGUGAAGUUGGGAGACGGCAGCAGCGGGGAGGAAGGGCUCAAAAAGCUGGGCAAGAGAUCAGCAGAUGAGGACUCCCUGGAAGGAGAAGGGGCUGGAGGAGGAGAAGCAGCUAAAGAGACCAGCCACAGCACAAAGAAAGAGGAGAAGAUUAUCAAUAAUAAUAACAAUAAUAACCCUUCCUCCUCCAGCCUGCAGCAAGCCCCGUCCCCCCUUCAGGCCUCUUCCCAGGACCAGCAUCAUUUCUUAAGGUCCAGUGUGAGACCUCAGAGCAAGAGGUUCAGGAAAGAUUCAGCCUGUGCAGUUGGCGGCAGCAGCAACAGCAGCACCAGUGCCAAGGGGAAAGGGGCAGACAGUGGAGGGCCAUCUUCUGGCAGUGUAUCAGGAAUCACAGCCAAUGCGCCUUCUGGAAACUCUAAAUCAUCUACCAGGAGCCUCGGUUCCUCUAGUGGAGAGAAGGAAGAAGGUAAAAAGGUCCGGCGCCAAUGGGAGUCGUGGAGCACCGAGGACAAGAACACUUUCUUCGAGGGACUGUAUGAGCAUGGGAAAGACUUUGAAGCAAUUCAGAACAACAUUGCCCUGAAGUAUAAGAAGAAAGGCAAACCUGCAAGCAUGGUGAAAAACAAAGAACAGGUCCGGCAUUUUUACUACCGUACCUGGCAUAAGAUCACCAAAUACAUCGAUUUUGACAAUGUGUUUUCUCGAGGACUGAAAAAAUCAUCCCAGGAACUUUAUGGGUUAAUCUGCUAUGGAGAAUUAAGGAAGAAGAUUGGGGGCUGUAUGGAUGAUAAGAAUGCCACAAAACUGAAUGAACUUAUUCAAGUUGGGGCUACAACUGUUCGUUACAAAGGGAGAAAUCUUCGAAUCAAAGCUCCAAUGUGCAGGGCCCUGAAGAAACUCUGUGAUCCAGAUGGUCUCAGUGAUGAGGAAGAUCAGAAGCCAGUGAGGCUUCCUCUAAAAGUUCCUGUGGAAUUGCAGCCACGAAACAACCAUGCCUGGGCUCGGGUGCAGAGUCUUGCCCAAAACCCACGCCUCAGGAUGAUUGUAGAACUACAUCGAAAGGUUUCUAGCCUCAUUGAAUUUCUAAAGCAGAAAUGGGCAUUACAUGAAGUACGAAUUCGCCAAACGUUGGAUGCACGGCAGCUCCAGGACUCUAGAGAUGGGGAGACAGGGGCCCAGCUUUCCAGGGAGAAGGCUACCCUGCACCUCUUCCCUGGGGAGAACUGUACACUCACGCCCCUUCCCGGGGUGGCCCGAGUGGUUCACUCAAAGGCUUUCUGCACAGUGCAUUGGCAGGAAAGUGGCAAAUGCAAACAGAACACGAAGGACUCUCAUUUGCUGCCUCCUGCCCAAAUCCUAGGCAUUCAGAGUGGUCAGGGUACAGCCCGGGGCCAGGUGAAGUAUCCUCGGGGAGCAACUGAUGCCAAGGGCUGUGGGAGGAGUGAGAACAUGGGAGAAUUGAUGAGAAUGCCCCAUCCUCCCACCGAUGCUUCUCAGAGCUCUGGAGAGAGCUCCCCAGAAAGUGGCCCUAGUGAUGGGGCAGCCCUGAGCCUUAGCAGCCCAGAUGCUCCUGACAAGAUGCCUUCAGGGCUUCAUGAGUCAGGAGGAAACCUGGAAAAGACUAAUGUGGCAGCUUCUACAGAAGGCAGAGAUGCCCCAGUCAGUGACCAACCUUCUGUACCCACACCUGGAAGUGUAUCAUGUGCCUGCAGCCAGAUCCCUGACCUGGAAGAGGAACUCUCUCUCCUAGAUCCAUUCCCUCGGUACAUGAAGUCCUGCCAGGACCUUAUCAUCCCAGAGAAAUGUUUUUGUACAGACAGAUCUUCUAGGCAAGAGCCUGCUCCCCCCAGUGGGUCCACCUCUCCAGAGGCUCUUCCAACUAGUAAUGUAGAAACUGCUGACUUAAUAACAGGUCAAGGACCAUCGCUCAUCAGCGUGCAGCCUAGAGCCGAAACUCAGAUUAGCCAAGGUCUGGGGUUGCAACCAGAUGUUUGCACUAAGGAGUUAGCUGAUGCACCUGCUGAGGACUUCCAGGAGAAGCUGAGCUCCUCCUUUACAUCUCCAUCUCAGGGUCAGCCUGCCACAAAGCCUCUGAAGGAGAGCCCAAGCCGGCUUGCCCAGCAGGUCAGAGAGGAGGGGUGGAACCUACAAACCUCCGAAAGCCUUACACUGGCUGAAGUCUACCUCAUGAUGGGCAAGCCAAACAAGCUGCAGCUAGAAUAUGACUGGUUGGCUGUCCUGGGGCCAGAGACAGAGACCCAGAACUCGAAGGAGCCAGGGCAGGACCCUAGCUCUGGUGCCACAUCUGCAGCCUUUCAUAAGCAGCGCCUGCUUAGCUGUCUCUUAAAGCUAAUUUCGACUGAAGUCAACCCUAAACUGACUCCUGAAUCUAAUGCCAUCUCUGUGGCUUCAGUGAAGCCCACUCAAGAGGAACAGUCACUGACACCCCCAGGGAAGGUGAUAACCAUCAGUACCCGGAGUCCCCGAUGUGCCCGGAAUCAGUCCACCCUCCGAAACAAUAAGAACUUCUCUCCCAACUCGUCAUCCAGCUCCUCAGGUUUGAGAAACCCUCCAAGACCUCUUCUGGUAGCUGAUCCAUCCAGUUCAGGAAACAGUGAUUCUGAUGGGGGGCUUUUUGCAGUCCCAACAACUUUGCCACCCAAUAGCAGACAUGGAAAGCUCUUUUCUCCUAGCAAGGAUGCAGAAUUGACUUUCCGACAGCAUCUUGACACAAUCAGUAUGCAGUCGGAUUUCUUCUUGCCAAAGCCAAGGAAGUUACGAAAUAGACACUUGCGGAAGCCAUUGGUGGUACAGAGAACACUGCUCCCUAGACCAUCAGGAAAUCCAUCCCAUAAUGUGUGUUCUUUCUCCAUCAUGUCAAAUUCUUCUAUAACAGGGAGAGGGUCAUUUCGGCCAGUCCAGUCCUCUCUGACCAAAGCUGCUUUGUCUCGACCUAUUGUGCCCAAGGUUCUUCCAGCCCAGGCUGCUAAUCACCUGUCCAGUGCCAUUGACUUGGCAGCUAAAAGUGCUGGUAUCAUUCCUGGGAGCCCACUCCCUGUCCUGGAUACUGAGGGUUUGCCUGGGAUAACACAGUUGCCUUCGGAGGAAGUGACAGCCGCAGUGACAGGGCAAAACUUGGCUAGCUCACAUCAGAAUGGGGAUGCCAUGUCAGCUAUGGAGGGCACAAGCAGUGGGUGCCGCGUUCCUUUCAUCAGUAUCCCCCCAAGGCCUGAACCGGAAUCUGUUACUCAAGGUUUCCAGGCAUCUUCUGUUCUAUCCUUAUCUGAAAUGUCCAAAACCCCUCUCCAGAAUGGCCUCUCUACUCCCCUUCCUACAUCUGAGGGAUCCAGUACCCGGCUUUCUCCACCCAAUGUCUCUGCUCUGCUAGACAUUUCCCUUCCUGGACCCCCUGAGGAUGUAUUAUCUCAAGGAGAACCUUCAACUCAGAUCAGUGACUCCAUCAUCGAGAUUGCUAUCAGUUCUGGCCAAUAUAGUGAAGGAGUCUCUCUUUCUCCAGCAAAAUUGAAUGGCAGUGAUAGCUCCAAAAGUCUUCCAUCCCCAUCCAGCAGCCCUCACCAGAACUGGAUUGCCUCUCCCACUCAUGAUCCACAGUGGUACCCCAAUGAUUCCACAGACUCUUCUCUUAGCAGCCUGUUUGCAAGUUUCAUCUCACCAGAGAAGGGCCGGAAGAUGCUGCCAACUCCAGUUGGGACUGCCAGUGGUACUUCCCUACUGGGCCCCAGCUUGCUGGAUGGAAACUCUCGGGAUUCAUUUGUCUCCCGUUCACUGGCUGAUGUUGCAGAGGUUGUGGAUUCCCAACUGGUAUGCAUGAUGAAUGAAAACAGCAUUGAUUACAUCUCCCGAUUCAAUGACCUUGCCCAGGAAUUGUCCAUCACUGAGUCAAGUCGUCGGGAAGUCCUUUUUGAUGGAGGUGGAGGUGGCCCUCCAGUGGGUGACCUCUCACAGUGAUCUUGCUUAGUGAUGAGCACAGUGGUGGCCACAAUUAGGAUGGACUGAUAUUACAAAUGGAUAUUGUAUGGUUGUUCCUCUGAUUGUGGGGGGCCGGGUGGGGCGGAGAAAUCCCAGGUCCCACUCUCAAUAAAGGCAGCAUCUUCUAACAUUUGAACGGCUGUGCAUCCUGGAAUCUGUAGUACACCAGGAAGUGAUCACUGAACAGUAUUAAAUAUGAAUUCCCAUGAGAGGAGCUAGAGCUAGUGAUGUGGUUGGAAAGAAUCAGAACUAGUUCUCUGGAAUGGCAUGAGUUAAGACGUUGGUAAGAGAAUCCCCUUCUCAGGCACUUUGUGCCCAUAUGUAAUAUUCUUAGUUCCAUGUCAAGAUUGGGGUCCAGAUGAAUACUGGUUUUAUGUUAAGCCUAAAUUUGUAUUGAACAUUCCAGUUGAAGGAGAAACUACAAGUUUUCUUUUUUAAAGGGAAGAAGUUGAGAGUGCCUUGGAAUAGCCAUUAAGUCCUGGAGAAUUUUAAGCCACACUCACUGGUGGGAGGGCCUAAGUCACUACUGCCUUCCUCCAAUUAAUCCUUUGACAUUCUGUUACUAUGUCUGUAAAGUGAUGGGAGUUCGAUAAUCCAUGAUGCAUUCCUUCUUCCCUGGGGAAGACAGCACAGCAUCUCUUGGGCUCUCUGUAAUUAUAAUUGCAUUCCAGGGCAGAUGAUAGUGCAGACAAAGGCCUUAUAGUACCUGGGGUAGCAGAGGGAGAAAUGUUGGUCUUAAUAGAUGUCAAUUUGUUGCAAAGAUUUUUCCUAUCACCAGCUCUAUUGAAAUACCAAACCUCCCCUAGUCCCUUAAUUGUAGGUUUUGGCUGAUUUAACAAGACAGGUAAAGAAUCAUGUCUUAUGCAGAUAACACUGAUUUUUUUAAAUUUUUAAGGAAGAAAAGGGUCUUUCUUUUAUUUUGUGAAUUAGGAACCAUUAAAGAAGAAAACCCAAUUAAGUUAGACUUCCUUCCCUCUCCCACUUGCCAAGUUUCUUUAAGGAUGGUCCAAGGCAUCAUUUGUUCAGAUGAAGACCUCUGCCUAUAAAUUCUUAGGUAUUUGGUGGAAUUUUGUUUGACAUCUGAAAAGAAAUUAGUGAUCCUUGAUAAUUGGGUAAUUAAGUGAUUUUUCUCUGUAUCACAUGUUCCUCUGCUUUUGGUUGGCCUUCAGCAGAUGUUGUUCCUUUAUAUUUAUGUACUCUUGGUCCUCACUCUUCUGGGACCAUCGAGCACCUCUCACUCUUGCCCAGGGUCUCUUUUCAGAGAAUUCAGGAACAAGGGCUUAUAUUCAUAUAAGGUAGCUUCUUAGUAUACAAAAGCCAUGUCCUCUGUAGAGAGAGGUUUUAUAUACUCCUAAUAGUCACUUCUUUACAUAGCAGGUGAACCCAUUAAAUCUAUCCACAACUACUGUCUUAACAGCCAACUGUGCUUACACAAUCUAUCUAGGCAUCCAUGUGAGAAAGUUCAACCUUCGCCACAGUGUCAUCUGUGGUUUUAUCCACCUGAUAUAUUUAACUUCAGGUUAUUACCUACUUAGCCUGUUGUCCAAUGUUUCUAUCUGCUGUGCCAUUAACUCACACCUUUGUUGAAAGUAAGAGCAGCAUUUCUUCCUCUCAGUAAUAUUCUUAGGCAGGGCCAGUAGCCUUUAAGGCUAUUGAUAGCUACUUGAUAGGUCUGGCUUCUCUCCCCAGCUGAUCAAUGACCCAGUCUUUGGACAUAUGGAGGUAAUUUAACCUAGACCAGUGCCUGAUAAGGGAGUACUUGAGGCUUCUUCAGGAAAAAUAAAAUGUUUGUUCUGCUCCAUAUAGAGAAUUGUGGAAUCCCACAAAUUGAGCUUAUUUCAUUUCAGUAAUAAAGGGCAGAUGUUCUAAUACCUAAGACAAGGGAGAUAUUCAGGGUUACUGGAUGGAGAACAUCUGGUUUUCAUGUUGUGGUUUCACUCCCUUGUCCCUGAAACACUUUCCCAGAGCUCUUAUAUGAUACCUCACCGAUAGUACCUUAUGAAUAAGGCUUUUUCCUGGUCUUAAGAAAGUAACAGCAUGUAAUUAAAAAUAAAGGAGAGGAAGAAUAUGGCACAGUUAGAUCAAGUGAUGUGAGCAAAAAUGUGACCAUUUUCUGAGUUGAUUCAUCAGUCCUCUAAACUCAACAGAGCUAAGGAAUAUCUCCUGCCCUUGAUAACUGACUUAGCCAUGGGUUAAAACUCUACUGGCUGAGUUUGCAGCAAUAUUAGUCUUCCUGAACUCUGUACUCUAGUGCCAUAGAAACCAAGGAGUCUUUCAGGAAUAUUGCUGGGAUUAAUGACCAAUUGUGUCAUGACCAUGUGGCCAGCUGAUAAUACUUCUGACCUAGUUACCCAACAGGAGCUCUGAUAAUGUUGAGGCAAACAAGUGGAAACUAACUAGUUAGUUUUAAAUUAAAGGCAAAGGGGAAGCAAAAUAUUUCAAUAAGCUUAUUUAAAGAAUUUAAAAAUCAGAAGUUCCUGUUUUGUCUCUGGAACAGACUCUACUUGCCGUAUAUGGAACUCAAGUAAAUAUCUUGUUGCUGCCAGUAAUAUCUUAGGUAGUUGGGUUAGGGCAGCUGGAACAGGAUUAAAGGAGAAAAUGAUUUGUCAACUACCUACAAGUCUCCUCCUCCUUACCAGUGACAAACAUGAAUUACUCUGAAGACCUUUGUUUUUCUUUUUGGCAACAGGUCACAUGGAUGCUUUUACUUAACAAGAUUAAGGGAAAUUUCAUAGUUUGUAGCAGAAAAUUAAUCUAUUUCUCCUAGCCUUAUAAAUAUAUGUAUAAAAAUAGAAAUCUUUCAGAGAAUCAAAAGUAGACCAACGUAUGUCGGAAAAUAGGAGAAUUCUUUUGUUUCCAUUCAAGUGGAUGUCUCUUAGCGCUUCAAUAUGAAUUUAUGGCUUAUGUUCAUUUGAGCUGAAAGCAGAUCAGUUCCUUAAAAAAAUUCAGAAUUGAGUAAGAAUCUCUGGGUCUUAUAAAAUUGAUUGAUAUUCUUGGCCCCUCAUCCUUUUGUGUAGUAUAUAAUGACGGGCAUCUCCUGUUUUAUCUUUCGGAAUGCAGAGGCAACGGAAUGCUCAUCCUUUAAUACAGCGCUCACAGUGAGAUAUGCUGUAAUCUGAGUCUGCUAAGUGUAGAGAAUUAAUCGUUCAAGGAGAAGAGUUAAUUGAAAACAAUUAGCUUACCAGUAUUUCCUCUGUACCCCUAAGUCUCCUGGUCCUAAGUAUAGGAAUUACCAUUGUUUAUGAGGCUACCCCAUGACAUGACUUCUAGAUGGAUGGCCUUUAAAAACUAUAUCUUAAAACCAAAUCACAUUACAGAGCUCAAACUUGUUUUGCAAAGAGAUGUCUUGUAUGCUGAUGCUGGAAACCCCUGAGGAAGAAAUUUAAAUACUCGGAUGCAUUGCUAAGGGAAUACUGCACUUUGGUGGGUUUUUCUUUUUUCUUUUUCUUUUUUUUAAACAGCUUCCCAAACCUUUAUAGCUCUCCUAAUUCCACAGUAAUUUGUAAGUAAUGUUAAGUAAAUUAAACCUUGGAAGCACUACAGCAACCUGUUAUCAUACAUUAUUGGAACAGGAUAACUGGCUUUAGAGCUUAUGGUUUGGCAGCAGAAUUUAUUGCUGUUUCUUUGAAAAAUAGUUAAGCCAUAUCAUCUAAGGUUUUUGGCUUGUUUGAGAUGUGAAUUUGUUUUAUAGAUUAUAAAUAUACAUAUGCAGUGUAUGUAUAAAGCAGAUUGCCUGUUCUUCCUGAUUAUUUUUUGUACCAUAUUGUAAAUUAUAUUAUUUAUUCUUUACCAAUUUUGGAAAAAAAAAGGUGUUUUGGCUAUUUAAUAUAAUAAACAAAAGCUGUUAAACUUCCUAUGUUUAAAUUUCCAGUUCAACUUGUAAAUCUGUUUUUAUUAUUGUGCAUAAAUACAUACUAAUACUUGAUCUAACAA